AUGGCGCAAGCUCAACCCACAGUAGAUGGUGACCACACCAAGACCGGCACCCAGGCCCGGGUGUUCGACGCCGCUGAGCCCGUUGCCCCAAGUGACGCCGACGUGCUCAAGCUCGUGCACGGGGGCGGCGGUGGCGUCGUCGGCGAACAACUCGGUAGAAAGGCGAAGAUCGAAGAGGCACUGGAGACGGCGGCGAACGGUGCCGUUGCAGACAACCCCGUGGAGCGGGCCGAUUCCGUUGCCGUCCCCACUGGCGCGGUCGGCCAACAGGCGGAGGCCGCAGAGGGCGCCAACGCCACGUCCUCGCCGAGUAAACUAGAUUUCCGGAAGAGACGCCCACGAGCUCGCCGCCGAGCGGCUCGCGCACGGGGCUGCCGUGACGUCGUCGACGAAGAGUACGACACCAAGGUGAAGAUUGCGGAGGCGUUGGAGGCCGCGGCGCAGGCCGUCGGGGACCAACCCGUGGAGCGGUCCGACGCGUCCGCGAUACGCGCGGCGGAGGCGCGCGCCAUCGGACCGGGAGUGGCCAUCCCCGGCGGGGUCGCCGAGCAGGCGGAGGCGGCGGCGGGUUCGAACGCCACGGCCGCGCUCGGCGAGGGCAAGACCACCAUCGGAGACGUCCUCAGGUGGAACGCGACGGCGAAGUUGCCGACGGACAAGGCGGUGACGAGGGAGGACGCGGCAGCCGCGGUGGAGGCAGAGGCGGCGUGCGCCCCCGGUGAGGCGACGAAGCCGUACGGCGUGGGCGCGGCGCUCACAGCUGCGGCGAGGCACAACCAGGACGAACCGUCGUAA